AUGGACAAAAAAGACCUCAAUCAAGAGAAGCAGAGCAGACUGCUUCGACAAAACCAAACUCCAGUCAGUGAACAGGAAGGCUGGUUGACUCUCCUGGCUCCCUCUUCUGUCUUUGAAGGAGAUAGCAUAGUUCUGACAUGCCAAAAAAAAUACAACUGGAAAAUAAAGAGGAUAACUUACUACAAGGAUAAAAAGGAGUUAUUUUUUUCAGAGGAACUCUCAAACUUCACUAUCCAAAGAGCAGUUAUGAGUGACAGUGGCAACUAUUAUUGUACUGCUACUACAAAAACAAUCUUCCCAUGGACAGAAACUUCAAAAAUAGUGAAUAUCAAAGUCCAAGAGCUGUUUCCAUGUCCUGUGCUGACAGCCAGCUCCUUCCAGCCCACAGAAGGGAGCCCCAUGACCCUGACCUGUGAGACCCAGCUCCCUCCACAGAGGUCCAAUGUCCAGCUCCAGUUCUGCUUCUUCAGAGACAGCUGGACCCUGGGGUCAGGCUGGAGCAGCUCCCCCAAAUUCCAGAUUGCUGAUAUGUGGGGUGAAGACUCAGGGUCCUACUGGUGUGAAGCAGAGACAGUGACUCACAGUGUCAGAAAACGUAGCCUCCAAUCCCAGAUUCAUGUGCAGAGAGUCCCUGUCUCUAACGUAAGCUUGGAGACCUGGGCCCCUGGAGGACAGGUGAUCGAAGGAGGGAAGCUGGUCCUGCUCUGCUCAGUGGCUGAGGGCACAGGAAACAUCACAUUCUCCUGGCACAGAGAGGCUACAGGAACCAGUCUGGGAAAGAAGAGCCAGCGUUCCCUGUCGGCAGAGCUGGAGCUCCUGGCUGUGAAGGAGGGCGAUGCUGGCGCGUAUUACUGCAGAGCUGACAACAGCCAUGAUCCCAUCCAGAGCAAGGUGGUAGAUGUCCCUGUGAGAAUUCCAGUGUCUCGCCCUAUCCUCACCCUCAGAGCCCCCAGGGCCCAGGCUCUGGUGGGGGACAUGGUAGAGCUUCAUUGUGAGGCCCUGAGAGGCUCUCUUCCGAUCCUGUACCAGUUUUAUCAUGAGGAUGUCACCUUGGGGAACAGCUCAGCCCCCUCUGGAGGAGGAGCAUCCUUCAACCUCUCUCUGACUGCAGAACAUUCUGGAAACUACUCCUGUGAGGCUGACAAUGGCCUGGGGGCCCAGCACAGUGAGGCAGUGACACUCUUCAUCUCAGGGCCUGAUGGCUAUAGAAGAUACCUUGCCAGAGUGCUUGGGGGACUGUUUCGCAUCCUUGGUUUCAUUGGUGUUACUCUGCUGUUUUAUUGCUGGUCCCACAAGAUACCAGGAGAAAGUUCUAGAACUAAUGCACCCAGAGGUGCUUCCAGUCCAAACCCUCAAGAGUUCACCCACUCCAGCCCACUUGCAGACAUGGAGGAGCUACAGCCGGUGUAUGUCAAUGUGGGCCCUGUAGGUGUGGAUGUGGUUUAUUCCCAGGUCUGGAGCAUUCAGCAGCCAGAAGAAUCAGGACUCCCAAGUGAUCUACUCUUCUGUGAAGGUGUCAUAACACUUGGUGGAAUCAGAGGAGAAGAUCAGCAACAAGGGUAA